AACUUCACAAGCCGAACGAGAGUGCCUUGACUAGUACACAGCAAUUGCGACGUGCCUGUGAAAUAGAGUGGGCGUUUAGAUUCGGUAUUGCAAGCUCUGAAUCAUAGGUGGUGUCAGAUCCCACAACCGACAACCAACGCCUCCAAACUCCCUUGGGUCCCUCUCAACGAAUAAAUACAAAGCUAUGUCUAUACCGAGCGCAGAUUCCUCGCCGUCGUCCUAAUAUUCACUUAUCCAACUUUUCCUCGCGCCCUUAACUUGUCAAUAUGUCCAUCUCUCCAGUCUUCCCCGGCCGGGAAUCGCGGGCCUACUGGUUCGAAUACCUCACUCUGGACCUCUUCAUCCGAGUCCUCAACAAGACCUUCCUUCACCCGUUCAUCGCCUGGCUCAUCCCUCUCUGCCUGCGUGCCCAGGCAACUCCCUACUCCCAUCCCUCAUUCAUAAUCACGUCCGCAUACGCGACUGUCCUCACCCUAGUCGUCGGCCUUGUCCUGUUGAAUAAGCGCAUCGCAUAUGGGCCGCCGCGGGAGGUUGAUCUUGAAGAGGAGGUAGUGGUGGUUACUGGAGGAGCUAGCGGAGUAGGACUACUGAUUGCCCAGAUUUAUGGGAUGCGAGGAGUCAGUGUUGCUGUGCUGGAUGUCAAAGAGCUGGAUAAGCAGAGUGGUGUUGGAUUUGAGGAGAUGUCCAGCGUGGAAUACUACCAGUGUGAUGUUGGCGAUAGAGCUCAGGUGGAAGAUGUAGCUAGGAAGAUAGAAGAUGAUCUCGGAACUCCAACGAUUCUAAUCAAUUGCGUGGCUGCACCUAUCAACGGGCUUCCACUCCUUAAUAUAUCCCAAAAAGCAAUCCAGCAAACCAUCCAUGCGAACCUCGGCUCCUUUUUCCAUACCUUGCAAAUAUUCCUCCCUAGAAUGAUGGCCUCUCCCACAGGCGGGACCAUAGUUACCGUUAGCUCCGUCCUCAGUUACCUCACUGCGGCCGGCUUGUCAGAUUACACAGCGACCAAAGCAGCUAUCAGCGCGGCCCACAAGACGUUGGAGGCGGAACUCCGUCAAUCGGGGGCGAGCGAGAGAGUCAAGAUGUUACUUGUCGAAACCGGACAAAUAGCAACACAGCUGUUCCAACGAGUCGAAACCCCAAACAAGUUUUUCGCGCCCGUCCUGGAGCCCGUGCAAGUUGCUCGAGAAAUCGUGUCAGUGGUUGAUACUGGAAAUGGUGGUGUGCUCAGGAUGCCCGCGUUUGCCUCGUUUGUGAGUUGUUAUGCGGUGUUGCCGGCUUCCAUUCAGAAAUUCGCCAGAUAUCUCAGCGGGAUCGAUAGAGCAAUGCAAAGGGCGGGCUAUUCGGCAGAUCACGAAAUGGAGUCUUUAAAACGCUCGAAAUUCGAUUGAAAAUAGUAGUGAAAGUUGGUAUAUGCUGGGUUGACUUGUAAUAAUUUGCCUGAGAAUUGGUACGGGCCAAUAUCCACAAUGAUGGGAUACCUAAAAUGGCCUUUCGGGGGGGCGGCAGCAUCCUUCAAACUGCUGUUUGCGUGUGGAUAAUAUUUUCGAAUGAAACAGAUGAGUUAGAAACGGAAAGCCCAAGCUAUGAUAUGAGCAUAUUUUUGGAACCGCUUCUCAAGCCCAAGACAUGAAAGAACAACCCGGGGAACCACCUUUUUGGAGUUGUGCUUUUUCUUCGAAUAGAUGUAGUGGGUAUCAUCGUGAUUUUGUUUAAAGUGUGAUCAUUUUUCCGUAGCCAGGACCAUCUUCUCUCUCUCACUCCGUCGGGCAGGUAGCGAACCCUUUUUGCUGUUCUUCCUAAUAUUCUCCUCCCUUCUCUUGAUAGCGUUAAUUUCCUCAUUUUUGAUCUCGCCAGCUUUCUUGACAGCCUUUGGCAGACGUCUAUGACGUUUGAUACGACGAAUCUCAGGCAUAUGUGCAUAUCUACGCUUAAGAGCCUCGUCAUAUUGGAGUUUUUGACGCUCACGAGCGCUUUUGAUUCCACUCCGGGACGAUGCUUCUGCGCGCCAGAGGCGAAUAUUACCAUCAUCAGACCCAGAAAGAAUGUAUUUGUUAUCCGGAGUGAAUUUGGCCGAGAAAA